CAUUCUAAUAGUGGUCCUACUACAAAUUGGAUACCCAUCUCUCUUUCCUUUUCAAUCCAAGAUGGUUGCAUAUUUCCCCCUUCUCUUCUUUAUUUUGCUAUCUAGUUUCCCAUCACAUGAUGCAUUCACGGGCACGUUCGGGGUGAACUACGGCCGGCUCGCCGACAACAUCCCCAAACCGGAAAGCGUCGUGACACUCCUCAAGGCAAACAAGAUAAAAAACACCCGGAUCUACGACGCUGACCCUAGCGUCCUAAAGGCCUUCUCAGGGUCAGGGAUCGAGAUCAUCGUGGGCCUCGGGAACCAAUUCCUCCGCGACAUAAGCAUCAACCAAGACCGAGCCGUUGACUGGGUCAAGACCAACGUCGAGCCCUUCCUCCCCGGGACCUCCAUCACGGGGAUCGCGGUGGGGAACGAGGUCCUCGGGGGCGGGGACCCCGAGCUCUGGGAGGUCCUUGUCCCCGCGGUCCGCAACGUGUACAACGCCCUGACCCAGCUCAGGCUCGCCGACAAGAUCGAGGUGUCGAGCCCCCACUCCGCCGCAGUGUUCGCCACCACAUUCCCCCCCUCAGCAGGGGCGUUCAAGGACUCCCUCCUCCCUUACAUGAGGCCUCUCCUCCGCUUCUUCUCCCACAUCGGCAGCCCUUUCUACAUAAACGCCUACCCUUUCCUCGCCUACAUAAGCGACCCUUCCCACAUCGACCUCAACUACGCCCUCUUCGAGAAGAACAAAGGCAUCUACGACGCCAAGACGAAGCUGCAUUACGACAACAUGUUUGAUGCGAUGGUGGAUGCGGCGUACGCGGCGCUGGAGAAGGUCGAUUUUCACCGGGUGGAGGUGAUCGUGUCGGAGACAGGGUGGGCGUCGAAGGGGGACGACAACGAGGCCGGUGCGACGGUGAAGAACGCCAAGAUUUACAAUGGAAAUCUGAAGAAGAGGCUGAUGAAGAAGAAGGGGACGCCUUAUAGGCCGAAGAGGGCCGUGAAGGCGUAUGUUUUCGCGCUUUUUAACGAGAAUUCGAAGCCCGGGCCGACUUCGGAGAGGAACUUUGGGUUGUUUAAGGCGGAUGGAAGCACUGCUUAUGAUAUUGGGUUCACUGGCCUUGUUCCUAGCUCUGCUUCUUCUUCUUCCUUUCUUGGCUCUUCUACAAAGACAUGGAUUUGGGUGCUUUGUGUUGUGGCUGGGGUUGUGAUGAACUGAUUGAUUAAGGCUUAAAUUGGGUUGAUUCAUUGCUCAUGUUCAUAUUGAGUUUUCAUGGGACGUGUAUUUUCUUUCUAUUUCAUUUUGUAUAUGAUAUUCGAAAAUCAAUUACUAGUUUGUGAAUGAUGACUAGAGUAUAUAUUUAGGUUAUGAA